AGAGGAGAGAGGAGGAGGAUCAAUGCUUUGUGCUGCUGCAGAUGAUGUGAUUUAUAGAUGGUCGGAGCUCAUCCUGAAAUCCCCUUUUUAUUCAGUUACAUAUAAGUGAAGGAGAGAGGUUUAUGCAAUUGUCAGUUGUUGCUGUUUAACAGAUGAAUAAUUGAAUUAGAGGAGAGGAGAUGAGAGAGGGAGGAGCUGCUGACAGGUAGAGGAGUAGAGGAGCUGCGAGCUGGAACCGCCUCACCGGAGAUCCUCAUCUCAGAUCAGACUGGAGCUCCACUGACCUGCACCGGCUACACAUUUACACCUUUUUUUUUCCCUCCACCUCUAUAUUUCUCAAAGAAUACGCUCCUAAAAAAACAAAUCUUCUAUUUCCUCGUGUUGCUGUUUUCUAAUCGCCGCCCGGAUCUUAAAGAUGGCACCGCAUGGAUUAACAUUGCGCAAGGCAGAAGCGGACUUAUUGGACUGCUGUUGUGUGACUGUGGAACCAGCUCUGUCUGUCUGACUGAACACACCAUUUUACUGCCUCAUCUUUACCAGGACAUCAUCAUCGACACGUUUUGUUUUCUGCUUUUAAAAGACAGAUUAUUUGGAUUAAAAUAUCUUAACAAUAUGCUCAUUAAAGCACCAUUUGUUAUAGUAUAAUAGAAAUUGUGAAAGAUAAAUUUGGAAAUGGAGCCUGGCAUGGAGAAAGCUGCUCCUACCAGCAGCGCCAAGGAGGGGAUCAAACAGAUCGCAGGAAAGGCCCUCGGGAAGAUUUACAAGAGGCUGGAGAAGCGUCAGCAGCCAGGUGAGGCCAUCGAGCUGACGGAGGAUGGCAGACCGUCUGAGGGCCAGGAGAGGAAGACGCCGCUGUGUGACUGCACCUGCUUCGGAGCUCCGCGCAGAUACAUCAUCGCCAUGCUGAGCGGCCUCGGCUUCUGCAUCUCCUUCGGCAUCCGGUGUAACUUGGGUGUGGCCAUCGUCAGCAUGGUCAAUAACAGCACGAUCCAUCGAGACGGCAAGAUCAUCAUCACACAGAAAGCGUUAUUCAACUGGGACCCAGAGACCGUAGGGAUGAUUCAUGGCUCCUUCUUCUGGGGCUACAUAGUCACUCAGAUACCAGGAGGGUGGAUCUGCUCAAGACUGGCUGCAAACAGAGUUUUCGGUGCUGCCAUCGUGCUGACAUCCACCCUGAACAUGUUCAUUCCCUCUGCCGCCCGGACGCACUACGGAUGUGUCAUCUUUGUGAGGAUAUUACAAGGGCUGGUUGAGGGAGUGACUUACCCAGCCUGCCACGGGAUCUGGAGUAAAUGGGCUCCACCGCUGGAGAGAAGUCGUCUGGCAACCAUCUCCUUCUGUGGAUCGUACGCUGGUGCAGUGAUAGCGAUGCCUCUGGCCGGGAUCCUGGUCCAGUACACUGGGUGGCCCUCUGUCUUCUAUGUGUAUGGAUGCUUCGGGAUAUUAUGGUACUUGUUCUGGGUCCUUGUGUCCUACGAGAGCCCAGCAGAGCACCCGACCAUCACUGAUGAGGAGCGCCGUUACAUCGAGGAGAGCAUUGGUGAAAGUGCCGCGCUGAUAAGUGCAAUGGAAAAAUUCGGGACCCCCUGGAGGAAGUUCUUCACCUCCAUGCCCGUCUAUGCAAUCAUCGUGGCCAACUUCUGCAGGAGCUGGACCUUUUAUCUGCUGCUCAUCAGCCAGCCUGCAUACUUUGAAGAAGUGUUUGGCUUUGAAAUCAGCAAGGUUGGAAUAGUGUCGGCGCUCCCUCACUUGGUCAUGACCAUCAUCGUGCCCUUAGGAGGCCAGUUAGCCGACUACCUGCGGACUCACAACAUCAUGUCCACCACUAUGGUCCGGAAAAUCAUGAACUGUGGAGGGUUUGGUAUGGAGGCCACUUUCCUGUUAGUGGUUGGUUAUUCUCACAGUAAGGGCGUGGCCAUCUCUUUCUUAGUUCUGGCGGUGGGUUUUAGUGGAUUUGCAAUAUCAGGUUUCAAUGUCAACCAUCUAGACAUCGCUCCUCGCUAUGCCAGCAUCCUCAUGGGUAUAUCCAACGGGGUGGGGACCCUGUCAGGGAUGGUCUGCCCUCUAAUAGUGGGAGCCAUGACAAAGAACAAGACACGAGAAGAGUGGCAGUAUGUCUUCCUCAUUGCUUCCAUGGUGCAUUACGGGGGAGUGGUGUUUUAUGGGAUCUUUGCGUCUGGGGAGAAGCAGCCAUGGGCCGACCCCGAAGAAACCAGCGAUGAGAAGUGCGGCUUCAUCGAUGAGGACGAGCUGGCCGAAGAGACGGGUGACAUCACGCAGGGUUACGGCGCGAUGGGCGGUCCGGCUAAGAGCUAUGGGGCCACCGCGCAGCUCAACGGAGGUUGGGUUCAGGACUGGGACAAGACGGAGGAGUAUGUACAGGAACCGGCCGGAAAGAUUUACUCUGAGCGCGGCUACUCUUAAAAACUCUCCAUCACGGAUUGCACAACAUUAUCUUAGAUAUUUAAAUCCAUUCUGUGUGUUAGAGUAAAACCGUUUCAAAAAGCCAAUGUAAAGAAAUAGUUAAUUGCAAUGCAGAACAAUCCUCAUUAGACUCUCACAUGUCUCUCAUCACAUCUACUGUAGGGCUUCACUAUAGAGAGAGCAAAGAGAACUGCAGGCCUAUGUUGUACUUCUUCUAGGCACCCAAAACCUCAUCAAUCUACUUGAACAACAUGAGCCAGAUGACACUGCAGUUGACCAUCAUAUAGGGUCUUUCUCUGAAAUACCACUCUGAUUGCACUGAAACUAUAUAAAAGUAUUCUAAAUCAAGAUUCUGUUUCUCAAAUGUGUUUUAUGUACUGUAUAUAUACCUGUAUACUGUUUCUGUGAGACUAUUGUGGAUUUUGGGUCGUUGAUCUGUGUUAACAUUAAUAUAAAAGGCCAUAUUUUUCAUGGACAGUAACCUUUUCAGGGAGAUGUCUGCUUGCAAAAAAGGCCUCCUUCUUCCUGAGCGAGGCCUGUAAUACACUAUAAGACAAAAAUAGCGUGAGUGAAGUUGAACCGUAGAGUUUUAGUGUGUGUUUGUUUGCAUGAAUUUGCUCAGAUCAAUGUUUCAGAUGCAGCCGCCUCACACGUCAUUGAUAGUCCUCAUUCGGCUCACUUGCUUUGUUCUCUUAGAUAUCUGCCAUAAUAAAUAAUUGAAAUGAACUUUCAUAAUCAGGUGCCAGUCGUGAUGUGAGACAAAUCAAAAAAAAAAAGUUUUGAAGGCGACUGCUCAAAAGACAUUGUUUAUUGAUGUUUGGUGUGCACUGCAAUAAAUUCUGUGUACCAGCCGCCACCCAUCACGUUCUGUUCUGUAAUGUAACACUGGCUUGCCGUAUCUAACUGUAAUUGUUUUGGAGUCAUGUGAUGCUCAACAUUAAGGUGUGUGUUUUUAACAAAUUACUAGUGUCUGGAGAAUCCAGCUUUAGUGCUCAUGAUGCAGGACAUGUUGCAUUUUGACAGCGAGGAAUGCAGUAAUGUGUGUGAACAACCAGGUUGUUGUGAUCUCUUUGGUGUUUCUCGGUUGUUCUCAUUGUCACCAAAAAGUACUUUGUUGACACUUUGAUAUCGUCACGUUUGAGUGGACCACAUGAGUUAAUAAUAGAUGGCUCUUCCACCUGACUUUAUUUGCUAUUUGAACACUUUUUCUUCAUUUUGCUGUAUGAAACCUGCAAGGAUGUUUAAAAUAUAUGAAUAUUUAAGAAUGUUUAAGAUGACCAAAAGAUGCUAUUUACGGCUUUGUGCCUGAAGUUUAUGUAAAACAGAUAAAUGUGAUUUUAUGGCUUCUAAUAUUGUGUUUAAUGAAGAGGUAUGUUGAUGUCAAAAAGUGUUAUAAAAAAUACUCAUAUCAUUUUAUAAAAAAAAAAAAAAAAGU